UCGAACCGGUGGAUGAACUUCAGCUGGAUAAUGGAUUAACGCUUCAGACAGAUAGCAAAGACGCGCAGUUUACUAUGAGCUCCAGAUGUCAAUGUAUUGGAAGAAAACAGCCACCCACCCACGAAGGAAUGACUCACAGUUUAAAGUAGUUGAAUAAGCGAGCGCCGGUGCGGACGGGGAGAUUCUGCGUGGGGUAUUUGACUUCUUUCUGGUACUUAAAGCUCCUCCAACUGUGGUUUUUAUGGGGAAGAGAGGCGCUGAGCUCGAGCCGCCACACGGACUGACAGUUGCUGCGCGAGGCGCUGGUGCCAGAUAUGGAUAGCGCGCGGGAUACCUCUGGACGCUGGUGCGCAUCUUCAUAAAGUGCGACACUUCGAGACUGACGAGGCCUGAAACUUCAUCUGUACUGAGUCAAAGUUGCUGAAGAGCUGGAAAAAGUCACGUCUUCGGAACCGACAAGCUUAUUUAGGGAGAAAAGCCUCCGAAGUACUUUAACAAAUCCUGACAGGAAGUUUUGAAGAUGCGUCGAGAGGUCGCGGUGAGAUUUCAGAUGCUGCUUGUGAUUUGGUCGACGCUCCUUAGUUUGGGGACAGGGUUUCCAACCAGGCACAGGCAUGUUGGCCAUAAGGGUCAUGGCCACCAGGUCCACAGCAGUGGGGUCCAGUACACCCCUGAGGCUUUGGAGCAGCAGAACCAGGUCCAGAGUCUCCUGCCUGAUCCCCACAGCCACCAGAGGCGGUGGUCCCACCCCCAGCAUCGCUCCGUCGGUGUUCUCCCACAGCCAGAGCCUGAAGAGGAGACCAAACCCUUCAUUCUUGAUCUCAAGAACUUCCCAGAUCUGGCCAAUGGUGAUAUCAACUCUCAGAACCCUAACAUACAGGUAACCAUUGAGGUGGUGGAUGACCCUCAGAUGGAAGUAGAGAUGGACCUGGCCAAUGAAAAAGAGUGGCUGCCCUCCUCAUCCUCUUCCCCGUCUUCAACAGUAGAUUGGCUGGGUGGCAAGAAGCUUUUCUGGCCUCUUUUCUGGAGUUAUACAGAUUCCAGUGAAGACAGCAGCAGCCGGUCAGGUGCUGAAGAAACAGGCGAAGAAGAAGAGGAAGAGGAUUACUCCCUCGAUUAUGGCAGUGAGGAGCCCUUACCCAGUGGGGUGGGUGCAGACUGGGAUACACGCUGGAAUGAAGGCUGGGAUCCUAUGCAGAGUUACUAUGAGAAAGAGCCAGAUGAGUGGACACCUUGGUCUCCGUGCUCAGUGACAUGCGGUCAUGGUGAGAGGAAGAGGACAAAGUCCUGUGGCUACUCAUGCACUCUGACAGAAGCCUCCAAGUGUGAUUUGGAGCCUUGUCCUGGUGAGGUCAACACAGUGGUUGAGCCAUUUCCUUUUGAGAUGGAGAAUGGUACAGAGCCGUUUGGGACAGAUGUGGACAGCUGUGAAAAGUGGCUCAACUGUAAGAGUGAGUUCUUGCAGAGGUACCUCCACCAGGUGUUGUCUGAGCUGCCCAGCUGCCCCUGCUCCUACCCCUCUGAGGUGGCGUACACUGUGGUCAGCAUCUACGAUGAGACUCAUGGACGGCAGUUCCGCUGGCGUGAUGCCAGUGGCCCCAAGGAGCGCUUGGACAUCUACAAACCAUCAGCGCGUAGCUGCAUACGAUCAACACUUUCCAGUGACUCAUCUACUCUUGCAGCGCAGCACUGCUGUUACGGCGUUGGCGGGCGGCUGAUCACUCGGGGUAAAGGCGCAGGCACGCCAAACCUGAUCAGCACUGAGUUCUCACCUGAGCUGCACUUCAAAGUGGAUGUGCUGCCAUGGAUCCUGUGCAAGGGGGACUGGAGUCGCUUCCAUGCAGUGCGGCCGCCCAACAAUGGACUGAGCUGCCCAGAAAACCCUCAUGAAGAUGUGUUCAUGAAUGAACUGGAAGAGGCCAGGGAGUACUGAGAGACUACAGCCAAAACUACCACUUCACUCUGAGAGUCAUAGGGCCCAAUCCUAAUCUGAGCAUGGACUUCCAACCUUAAAAGUCAUAAAGUGUAACAUUUCAACCAUGCACCACGGCUUGACUUAGAGGAGAUGUGCGUUUGUGAUUGGAAAGUUCAUGGGCUUGAGGAAUGAUAGUGAAGUGUGGCUGUCCCAGGUUAGGAUUCGGCAUGGUAUCCUGAUUUCAGGCUCCACUGAAAGAACUGUAUUUAAAGAAUGGAUUAAGAAAUGCUGCGUUUUCCCAGCGCUUGCCAACCUGUUUCACAUCUGGCAUGACAUCAAGCUCUCUGUCUCUAUAUUUGGUUCACUCUCCUGGGUGUGUGUAAGUGUGAUGUCUACCUACUGGCUUUCUUGAUGGUGUCAUCGAGUGAUUGUGAUUGACAAUAAUAGCCAAUGGUAAACAUCCUGAUUGUGCUCCUAACAUUUGUAUGAAUGUGGGCUGGUUUUAUUGAUGAAACACAUGCACGGGAAGAGUCCAACAAAUGAGUAUCUAAACUAUGCUGCUACACUAUAAAAUCCUUCAGGUUUUACAAAGGUGUUAUGGAGAACAAGACAACAGGACAUAAAUAAACUAAAUAGACACCACAUGCAGUAACAGUAACCCUCUUUUCAGUCACUACACUAACUUAUUUUAGAAUACUUGGGAUUUUACAAAGAGGUGAGGUGCUGUUAAGCUUAUUAAGCUACAAUUAUAAAACAAAGCCCUGAAGAAGGAGCGUUAAAGGAACAUUACAUUUGCUUUCAAAUGUCUUGUCACACAGAUUGAUUUCAUGUAUUUCCUCACAUGAAGAUGUAUGAUCUGGGUGCCAAAGAGUUCAAAUCAAGCUGUUGGUUCCUCUGUAAAUCCAGCCUCCUUAGUCUCUACUGUAAGCUAAAAUGAACCCCUACAGUACAGUACAGUACAGUGAGUAGGUUGUGGUCAUAGAUGUGUCUCUAUUAUGUUCUCAGGGGGACUAACCAACAGUGAAAAAUUCAUUCAUUUACCUCGACAGUGGAGCUCUAUUUGAACUAGAACAAAGUGUAAUGGGGCAAAGAUAAGAUUACAGAAUGGGAUGUGUGGUCCAGAUUGGAAUUAAUGAAAAGAUAAUGCUUCUUGAAAGCAAAGGAAUCCCUUAAAACUUGCUGUUGAUUGUGUUUGUAGAGAGAUGUUAUUGCUGUUUAAGCAGUUGUAGGGUCUUUGGGUUUAUUGACUGAACUGGACUGGAUGGAAGGGACAUUUCCUACUUACAUAAACAUUACCUAGAUUGUGUAUUUGUUGCAUUUAACCCUUCCAUUAGAGGAAAGGGAACAUGACAUGGCAGUAGUCACCAUUUAAACUAUCCAAGUAUUUCACCCUGUGUGGUAGAAAGAUUAAAAAUGCCUAAACCCGGCACACACUUACAGUUUUUAAAAUCUUAACUAAUUUAAAAAAUGUGAGUGAUCCCGCCCAGACGACAAAUAAUGACAACUUUAACUUUGUUCCUGGUGUGUAGUGUGCAAUGAGAGGACCAAAAGUGUGCCAAGCACUAAAAGAUUAUUCUUAGAAUAAACAAAUAUUGCGCAUCAGGAUCAGGAAGAUUGGUGAUGCUGUUUUUUUUUUUACUCAUUUACCUGAAAAUUCAUGGAACUUGCUUCCAGAUUGAUUAUCAUUCUAUUCCCUGUGAAAAUCCACAGAUUAUGUACUCAUCCCUAGUGUUACCCCAUUUUUGAAGAUUUUUGAUCAUUGACAAGAUAUUAUUAGGGAUGCAUGAUAUUAGAUUUUUAACAAUAUCUGAUAUGCAGAUAUUUAUAAAUUUCUUUCUGCCAAAACUAACCUGACAUGCCAGAUAGACGGUUUCAGUUUCCCAUUCACCUGCGAAACCUCCCAUACAACAAGUUUGGGAAGGGCAGGUCAUUCCAAAAAAUCUCAGAAGGGGACUGGACAAAUGAUCACCUUCAUGACAGGCCAAUCAGAGCAACGAGACAAAAUGAGGAGACAUGCGCAGCUCCAAUGCUAACCGGAGCUAUACAUGCAAGCACUGCCAUUGUUUAUGAACAUCUGAGGUUAUCAAUGGGUAAAUUUCUUGGCAAAGCCUAUCAGCAGAUAUGCACAAACAUUUCCUCUGCCAAAAGAAGCUUUCAGUCUGGCUCUUUUCUUUUGUUUUUAUAAAGAAAAGUGGUUGAAGUUUGAUAUAGCUACAUCCAAGAUAAUGGCUUACAGCACAACUCCACAUAGCUAUUUGUCUAUGUAGGCUCUCAUUCAUCCAGAUCAUGAUUAUCCAAAUCUUUGUCAAGGCGGGCAACUUGACUUGAGUGAGGUUCUUGAAGACGUUUCAACUCUUUAUUCUUUCAGUUCUAAUGUGACUGGGGCCAACGUUGGAAUAUAUAGCCUCUGUUGACCAUUCAUGUGUUAAAGGUCACAUAUCAUGGAAAAUACACUUUUUCAGGCUUUUCUAACAAAAAUAUGUGCCCCUGGCCUACACAGUCCCCCCAAGAAUCAGAAAAAUCCAACCAUUCCCUCCCCCUCUCUCCUUUCAGAAAAUGUGUGCUGAAACAAGCUGUUCUCAGAUUUUCCUCUCGUGAUGUCAUGUGGGGAGGCACCACCCCCAGGUUUGGUUCCCCGCUUGGUAGAAUGCUCCGCCCUCCCCCCCCCGAUCCUCGAGGAUCAGGAGAGCCACAUAUAUUUCCCAAGAGGGGCGGAGUCAGACAGCUCAUUAACAUUUAAAACCACAGACACAGAAACAGCUCGUUCUGAGCAGGGCUGAA